AUGGCGGUAGUGCGGGCGGCAGCCCAUAGCGCUGUGGGAGGAUGGUGCGUUGCGUUGGCGGGUGCAGCGAUGGCCGCUCACGUUGUGUGGAAGUACCGGGAGAGCGCGGAGCAGGGGCCGGAGCAGUGGGCCACUCUCGUUCAGUUUUCCAAUGGAAAGCUUACAAAUUCAGAAAAUGUGGGAUUUCAACUGCAUAAAAAUAUACAUAAAAAUAAUCCCCGGAAGAAACAUCAGCUGAUCUUGUCUGCUGAAACGGACAGACUGACAUACGUUGGAAAUAAUUUUGGUCAAAGUGCUCUCAAGUGUAACUCACUAUGCAAGUACUUUGUUGGCGUGUUAAAUAAAAGUACUGGGAAAAUGGAAGUGCACAACGCUCAGCUGUUUAACAUGCAGCCCUUCUUUCCUGGUGAACCUGUGACAGAAGAAGAUACCAGUGAGAAGCAACUCUCUUAUCGUGAGAAGGUGGACUCCCUUAUUGAAGCCUUUGGUACCAUCAAGCAGAAACAUGCCCUGAACUCUCGCAGAUUGAAUCAGGUUGGGAAUGAGACAUUGCAGGAGGCUGUGGCCAAAGCAGCAGAAAAUAUCAUUGAUAAAAAAGGAAUUUCAGCUUUGGCCAAUGAAUCAUCUCAGUUUGAGUCGCAGGACACAUCAGCGUUUCUGCCACCUUGCCAUGCCGAUGCAGACAAGCCCGAGGAUGUUUACAGGUUUGAGGACAUAAUUUCACCUAUUGAGUAUCAAGCAAUCAAGCCAUAUUGCGAAGCACUGAAGGUUAAAACCGCAGAGGAAAUUCAUCAGUUGGCACAAACUGGCAACUUCUCAUCUUUUAUUCUGGAAUCCCUUAAAUCAUUACCUCGAGAUGAGGAAAGUCGUGAUCAUAAAAUUCACUGCCUGUUUUAUCUUCAGAUUCUGAUCAAAUUACACAACUUUAAAAAGCAUGAAUUCAAACACAAAGAUUCCCUUGGGAGUGAUGUUGCAGAUGUUGUAAAAAGCAGUUUGAUGAAAAAUUUCACCGUACUGACUUACAACAAUGGACGUUUGAAAAAUACAAUCCCAGUCUCCAUGAAAGCUAAAAUAGUAGCAUAUGUUAUUGCAUUGGCUUUACACAUUCACAAUUUUCAAACUGACCUCACGUGCCUGCAGCAAGAUUUGAAAAUCAGUGAAAACAAAAUUUUGGACAUUGCAAGAGCGAUGGGUUUAAAGGUUGGAAAGACAAAAGUGAAUAUUUUUGGUGGUGUUGCAAAGGACCACAAAAUGGCUUCUCUUUCAUUACCAUUGGUGGUGCAAAGUGGAACUCGUGGUAGGAAAAGGAAGAAAAUGACAUAAAAAGCCAAUAUAAUUCAAUUUGUAUCUGCGUUUGAGAAAUUUGAAACUCUUCAAAUUUCUAUUUUAUAAGGAAGAAUCUCGGUAUUAUUACUGUCUGAUGGAGAUGUAAUUGGUGCAUUACAUGACUGUUUUUAAAACUACGAGGAAUAUUUCAGAACUUCAGAUCAAGUUUAUUUAUUCAGUUGAUCAUCACUGGACUUUGUAUAAUUUAUCAUGAAAAGCAACAUGGGUGAACAUUUGUACAGACUGAUCAUGAUGUGCAGUUCAGCAAAGUCUUCCUUUAUAUUUGAUUACCAAUUCAGUGAUAGAUCAAUUUGGUGAUAUUGAAACAAUUGUUUUUAAUGAAACGUUAUGUUACAUAGAAUAUUAAGUUUCAAUUUAUUCGAUGUCUUUUGGGGAUUGAGGACGAAAUAUGCAGACCCUCAGGCUUUGAAUAUAUAUAAAUCAAUUUGGGUGAUUAAUAUAAAUGAGAUAGCACAAAUAAGAUCACCCAUCUAUAAUAAUGUUUAAAUAUGUAUUUAAAAUAAAUUCACAACUUUUUCAAAUUAA